UCUCCCUUCCAAGUUCCAAUCCUAAUUUCCAUUGCACCCUAGUUCGGCGUCGUCUGUCCCUCUCUCUCUCUCUCAAACUGCAGCAGCAGUGGUGCUCACUAAGCCAGCGCCGCCUAACAUUCAAAAUUUAGUAACCUCUGGAAGCUCUGCUCGGCCCUCUUCUCCUCUACGUCGUUGCGUCUGGCCCUCUUCUCUCUCGCACAUUGGUAGCUCUUUGACCCUCUUCUCUCUCGCACAAGCUCUUCUCCUCUGCGUCUCUGUAUAAUCGUUCCUCCUUCGCUAGCAAUUCUGUUUCGCUCCACUCUGCCUCGCCGUCUGUUUCGCUCCUACCUCGCCGUCAGUUUCGUGCCUCCCUCGCCGCGCGGUUUUGAAAUACUGGUAUCUCUUUCUACAUCCUUGUUGAUCAAGAAUGCAAUUUUUCGGAGGGUCUGAAAUCAGUCCAUCACCUCCUGUACCAACAGCUUCAGGGAACAAUGGCCAUAUGAUGUAUGUGUUCAAUAGGAAUGGUGUAUGCUUGCUCUAUCGGGAGUGGAAUCGCCCAUUGCGGACAUUGAAUGCUCAGCAAGACCAUAAGUUAAUGUUUGGACUCCUUUUUUCACUGAAGUCACUAACAGCGAAGAUGGACCCUACCAUUGCAGAGAAAGGAAACCUUGGUGUGCCUCAGUUGCCCGGCCAAGGUUGUUCAUUUCACAGUUUUCGGACCAAUACAUAUAAACUUAGUUUCAUGGAAAGUCCUUCCGGAAUAAAGAUUAUCCUAGUGACUCAUCCUCGAACCGGUGAUCUGCGGGACUCCUUGAAGUAUAUCUACAAUUUGUAUGUUGAAUAUGUUGUCAAGAAUCCACUCUAUACACCCGGAUCUCCUAUUAGGUGUCAGCUGUUCAAUACAACAUUGGACCAGUAUGUGAGAGGCAUUGCCUAGAAGCUAUGAAGUUCCCAAUCACCAUUAUUGGUGAACCAUUGAUCACCAUUAUAACUAAACUCAUUAUUUCGUGAAGUUUUUUAAUAACUUUUUUUAUCCUUUCAUCUAAAAUUGAAUCUUUCCUUUUCCUGUCCACCAAACCACCACGCUUAGUUGACUGAAUUCUACUAUAGUGUCCAGUCGUUAAUGUGAUCUUGAAUAUCUUUGAUCUUCAGUUGUUUUUGCCAGAGUUGCUGCUGCGAUAUUGAGCUUCUCUUGUAUCAACAUUCAAUCUUCAACAGAGAGCUAUUGAUUUAUUCAAUCUUAUAGCAUAUGAUGUAUUCAAUCUUAAUUAGAUAUUGGCCCCACCUUGUUAGCAAAACGCACACGUUUUGGGCACAUGGUUAAGGUGUAUGUGUCUCAUUAAUUUACGUUAACCCAUUUCAUUCUUAAAUCCAGCGUUCUUAUUCU